UUUUGGAAACAAGAACGGAUUUACAUCAUUAUUAUGAAGGUUUCGGUCGAAGCUGACAAUAAAGACAAACACGAGUUUGAUGUUAACUUCUUAUUAUACGCGAAAGAAAAGUUAUACAGUGCUGCUGAUGAUGGUAAAAUCAAGGUUUGGACACCAGAUUUGAAACUUCUUGGGGAGGUUCAGGCGCAUCCAUGUUCGGUGUUCAGUUUAGCAGCAAGCGAGGACACCCUGUAUUCCAGUUCGAAUGAUGGAACAGUAAAAGCGUGGUCUCUAGACGAUUUGAAGGAAAAGAAAACGCUCUUAAACGAACCGAAUUUCGAAUUUUGGAGAGUUGCGUGGAACAAUGGAUACCUGUAUGUAGGAGACGAUCAAGGAAACAUUCGCGUAUACAAUAAUGAAGAAUAUUACGGAAUUAUGAACAUCGCUGAACCCGUAAAAGAUAUGGCCGUCGAUGGGCACAUUCUCUUUACUGCCAAUCUUGAUAUAAUCGUUACAGAUGUUAAACUGCAAGGAAAAAACCUUCAAAGUAUAAACAGAAUAAAUAUAUGCGGUAAAGCCCCAAUCACACUGGCUGGAAAUACGUUGUGCUUCACAAAUAGAGAAGGUAGAGAUAUAAUAGUCCACGAAAAAGACGAUGAUAAAAAGUGGAAAGAAUUGGCUCAGUUGAAGGGGGCGCAUGAGCUAAUUAUUAACACAUUGGCGGGAGGUUUCAGGGAUGGAAAAGUCCAUCUUUUCAGUGGUGGUUGGGAUAAAAACGUCAAGGCGUGGAUCAUUCAGAACAAUAAGAUCGAAAAUAAGGGUUCUUGCGAUGUUGGUUUCACUGUGAACGCUUUAGUAUUAGGAGAUGAUGGAAUUGUCUACGCAGCUGGUGAAAAUGGAAAUAUGGUGCAGAUAGAUGCGAAAUAAUUUUUUUAUUAAUAUCAGGAUUCAGACUUUCAAAUUUAUUUAUUCGUGUCAGCUUUUAAGAUUAUAAUAUUUAUCAAAAUGAA